UGUAUUUAUUCCCCACAGUCCUCUCAGAGCUCAGAGAGCAGAUGCAGACAGGAAAGACUUUUCAUUUGUCUUUUUAACCUUUAAUCUGACCAUGGAGAGACGAGAAAACAGGAGAGGAUUUACUGAACUUUAUGUUCAAGGUCGACACCUGAAGCUGGAUGAUUUGAGACGGGAGGAGGCUGUUCAAAUGUCACAUAUUGCACGAUACCUCUUCAAAGCAAACAUCCCAGCGUACCCACGACCAGAGUUUCAUGUGUCUCAUCUGAAACACGACACAGACCUGGAAGGCUUACUUGGAAUAAAGAGGGACGGGGGCUUCAGGAGCCUGGGACCAGAGUCUCUGCUGUGGUGGAGUCUGGCUGUGAAACCUGAGGAUGUAACGUCCGCUGAGACCAGGCUCCUGGAGGAGACCUACCCAGACCGGACUGAGGAGCAGGUCCAGACUCAGCAGAGCUUCCUGGGGAAGUUCACCACCUCCCCAGCCUUCUUAGAGACCUCCAGACUGGGCUCAUACCGCUUCACCUUCCCUGUGGAGGAGGUGCUGGAGGCGUACAGAGAGCAGUUCUGUGGUGGUGAACCACCUGUCCUGCAGGUGUUUGAGACCGUCCUGUACAAACAGGAAGUGAUGUAUGUCGUCCUGGUCGACCGACCGGCCAAUCAACAGUAUUCUUCACUGAGCAACGACCCGAACGCUGUCUGUGUUUACAGAGAUGGACGCUUCAUCUGGAGGCCUGAGGCCAUGUGUGAGACUCACAGUUAUGAGAUGAUCCAGAGACCUGAUGUAAACCAGACGGGGGUUAGACUGCUGUUUGGGUCUGACAUUAAAUUUUACGUCUGGGAUAAUGUCGCCAUCGCCCUGCGUAUGGAGGAAGGAGAGGUGCUGAAGUUUGAUCCUGAGAAACUGAAAAAGAAUCUCACAUUCUGUGCUCAAGAAAACCGUCCAUACACUCAGAAUAGUUUUCAAAGUUUCGAUGAAGCUGAAAAGAUUGUCAAGCGUUUGUGGCCUGACUAUCCUGGUCCACUGGAGAAGGAGAUCUCCCUCCAGGAUUAAUUAACAGGUUUAACUGAGACUGAACCUGAAUCCACAGACUGACAUGGAUUCAUCAUCAUCAUCAUCAGCCUCUACCUGCCCAGCUCUGAUUCUGCUUCAUCUUCAUCAAUCAGAUAAAUCUGGUAGUUUCUGUCUUGGUGUUUGAAAUAAAUUCCUCUCAGUGUGUAGUGUUUUUAGUGUUGUCAGAGAUAAAUGUGUGGUGAUUUAAAGUUGUGUAAACAGCUGAGCGGUCAGAGCUUCAGGUGGUGUCGACAUCUUUGUGAAGAAAAACUGUCCUUGACUGGUUUUCUGUUAAAACUGUGGUUGAAGUUUAUGAUGGGUUAGGGUUAGAGUUUUGAACACAGGGUUUCAGGGUUUUCUUUUAUUAUUGUUAAUCUCAACAUGGGGUCAGAAUACAGAUUUAGUUUUUAACCAUGUCCUGGUGCUGGUGUAGUCUGGUGAUGUAGACUCUGUAUCUGUGGUGAUAUGAAGAGUUGUACUGCAGAUUUAACUUUGAUGUGGUGGAAUAGGGUGGAUCUGAAAGUAUGGACUGAUUAUUAUAGUAAACUCUCUGACUACGCAGCGCUGUGUUUGUGAUUUCAAACAGGUUCACGUUCUGCUAACAGGAACAUUAUAGGUUCUCAGCAACAAGGGAAAAGACGAGACAGAGAUUUUCCUGUAAACUUUGAUGCUGAAAAUCUCUUCUCAUUGUUACAGAUUCGUUAGAAAAUGGUUUGAAAACACAGGAACAGGCUGACCGAUGUUACGAUAACUUUUGUGAUCUCAUGUACAAAGAAAAGGAUAAAUACUGUCAAGUCAAAAAAUGUGGAGAAAAUAAGUGACAGCAUAAAGAAACCUUUGUCCUUCAUCAAUCAGAUAAAUCUGGUAAAAAUAUAAAAUAAUAUAAAUAAAUGUGUGGUGAUUUAAA